AUAUAUAUAUAUAUAUCUUUCACUUUCUCUCUCUCUCUCUUUCUCUCUCUCGUAGUCAUGCGCUAUUCUUAUCGUCCCAUCUACACUUUCGCACGGAUCGUCUCUCCAUGUUACAAAGGAUUCUCCGUCACUUAGACCGAGUUAGAUUAUUUUUGACCGUCACCCGCAACGUGGGAAGAGGAGAAAGCGAGAGAAAGAAAGAAUAAAAGCGCUUCGAUCGCGUCGGAUGUGCACAUUAGGCGUGGCAAAGAAAAGAGCAACGAGAUACAACAGGUGCCUCACACAGGAAACACGCCGGCAUUGUCGAGUUCCAAGGACAUACCACUAUAAAAAAAAGAGAAAGAGAGAAAGAGAGAGAGAAAGAAAACUCUCCCAUUCGAUCGAAGCAGCAUAAAAAGGGCGCGGAAGAAUAGAGAAAGAAUGACCUUGGAGGGUAGGGUUGUCCAACGAACAACGGGAAUAGCGCGCGCGUAGAUGCGUAAAUUAUGCGCUACUUUCUAUAUGAAACACCGUGUUCCUGUUUCUCUCCUCUCUUAGAAAGUGGCUGGUUGGUGGAACCCGAAUCUCGAGAGUCAGUGUUUCCGAAAUUGUACAAAUGUCGUUAGAGGGGAGUGGACGAUGCGUGCACGCAUGUUGCAUACAGCCAGUCUGCGGUGGAUGCACUUUUGGGAAAUCAUGCAUAACGUGGCAACAUCGCACAGCGGGGCUCACAUUCCACGUGAUCAGGACCGGUUUGCGGGUGUCGACCCACUGACACUCGUCCACACAGAUGAACCUUGGCUCCAUUAGCUUAUCCUCAACUUUUGUGAACAGAUUAGAAUUCCAAAGGAACGAAUUUACAAAAAGGAGGAAAAGAAAAAAACUGGAUUCAUCAAUUCAUCAAUUGACAUUACACUUUAUCCCUCAAUGUGUUUGCAGAGAUAGAAUGUUAUUGCUACAGAAGAACAAAGAGGAGAAAUUGGAAGUUUAAUCAGGAGGAAGAGCGAACGAGAAUUGCCACCAGCGUUUUCACGAAAACGAGCCUCGGGAAAGGAUUGCAAAGGAUUGUUGCAAGACAAUAUGAAAUGAUGAAGGAAAUGAGUUACGACGAAGGAGAAACGCUUGUUUGAUUUGCGUGGCCAUGUGGAAAAUACAAGGGUCAUGGGAAAAGUUUCGGAGGAUCUUAUAAGAGGACGCAGGCGCAAUCAGCGGCCGCAUCGAACCUAAACCAGGGCGUGGUGGCAAUUUUCGAGAACGUAUAUACACAGUACACGCAGCUCUCCUCGUUCCUCGUAGCACCCGAGCCAGGAUAACAAGGAUUUUUCAGCGGAGGACGACGGGGAGAGAUUGUGAAAUAAAAAUUUCAAAGAAAUAAAGAAGCUGAACCGUUGCUCGGGGAACUUGCGACGAAAAAGGGAAUUUAAUGGCCAUCGCUGGCGUUGAUACGCGAGCAAAAGACGUGGGUGUACACACACGGCGCCGUAUAGUUACCCACGCACACACACACAUAUGCAAGCAUGCACCAGCUGCAUAUGUAUGCGUCGUACCCCGCAGGAUAUUGGCCUAGACGCAGUGUGAUUGGCCGAUCAUGCAACCAGGGACGACGAUGCCUCUGCAAGUCUCCUUAUGUGUGCUUUUCAGUGGCGUAACUCUGCCAUAUGUUCGUUUUUUAACUUUUUUAAGCCGAAUUUACGCAACUUCGCGUGACGCGUAGCGUAUACAACACGUGUAACGCUAACUCGAUAUAUACGUAAGAAAAUAUUCAACGAAAAUUGCAAAUCGUUAGUCAGUGUAAUCUCUUGUAGUUUAAAAUCAGUGUGUAUCUUAUUUACACAAUUUCGCUCAUUUGUGAAAGCAAUUCGUCUAUAACGAGCAGAUAAUGACUAGCGAUUGACUAAUGAUCUUGAUAUUUAUUCAUACAACGACACGAUUUAUCAUUGUUAUUACUAGAGGUUCGACAGGGGAAAUUUUGAUUGUUCGAAACUAAACGAACGCAUAAAUUCGCGCUGUUGUAAUUUCCAAAGCUUAGCGUGAACUUUGUCAGCCCCUCCGGAUCUCGUUUUAGAAGCUCGUACACGCAUUUAAUGGCAACGUGCUCAUUAAGCAGGCAUCGGCGAGCAAGGUCGUUUCGUUAAUAGCACGGUGCCACGGCGUGUUGUACAUUUUGUUGCUAACAGUAUCGUUCAUUAGUGAUACGUCGUUCGAGUGACUCCUCGCUGGAAUAUUUCGCAUAAAGGGCCGCCGGUUACGCCAUUGGGCACACGCACACAGCAACGAUAGACGAGGCACGAACGCACACGCAGGCCAACCCUAUGCGAAGAGAGCCAUGACCAGCUCGGGGCUUAGUGCGUCUUCCACGCACGGCUCGUCAGUGGUCGCCGAGUAGGCCGUGGGAGAGGGUUUCUAUGCGUGCUAUAACUUCGGUUUUGCUACGGGUGUGCACUCGUACCGUAUCGUAUCAACUAGCGGGAUCAUUGCCUUCGAGGAUGCAGCCGCUGCGCUUAGGACUGCGCUUAGGACUCGAGGGCUACCAAUGACACGAAGCUUCGAUGAAGAUAUUCCAGUAUCGACUAAUAAGGGUCUUAAGGACGACAAGGAUAAGAUUAUUGGACAACAAUAAAAGAUAAGAUUAAAACCGGAGGAGACACGACUUUUCCCCAUUGGUGAAUUUUUGUGAAUGAGAUCGUACACCAUUUAUUGUUUGUAAAACGGGGGUUUAUGACCGAAGGUGUGGAUCGAAGAGAUGUGAAGAGAAUUUGUUUUGGCCGGACGAUCCCGCACACAUACACACACACAUACACACAUACUCCUGAGCGCCAUGUGCAGUCACUAGGGGUUGGACUCUUCGUAGCCUGGUCUCCACACCCGAUCGAAAUUACUAAUGCGAGUGCACAUAAAUGCUAACAUAAUCGUACGUCUCCUAACUACUCGGCGGCCAUUUGAACAGCUUCGCCAGACGACGUCAGUAAUUCUGGAAAUAAAGUCCGCUUGCUGAUCGAGCCGAGAUGGCGAGCACGUCGCAGCAGUACUGUUUGCGCUGGAAUAAUCACCGCUCGAAUUUGUUGACGGUGUUCGACGAGCUACUGCAAAACGAGGCAUUCACCGAUGUGACACUGGCAGUCGACGGUGGCGUGUCCUUGAAAUGUCACAAGAUGGUCCUGGCGGCGUGUUCCUCCUACUUUCAAAGCUUGUUCCUCGACUUGCCAUGCAAGCACCCUAUCGUCGUAUUGAAGGACGUGAAAUAUUCGGAGAUCAAAGCGAUCCUCGAGUACAUGUACCGCGGCGAAGUAAACGUGGCCCAGGAGCAAUUGGCCGGGUUGUUGAAGAUCGCUGAGGUGCUGAAGGUGAAGGGGCUGGUUGAAGAAAAUGGCUCCCAAGGCCGUCGUGAGGAGGUUGAAACCUCCAUGUCCCCGCCGCCGGCCAUCAGCACCAGUACAACCAGCAGUGCGGUUCAUAGCAGUGAUCACGCGUCUCCCCCGCAUUCCACGGGCACUACGUACGAUAUAUACGGCAAAUCACCAGUCGACAGAAGCAGUCGUUUACCGUUGCCGAUGUGGUCCCUACCGGGGAUCCCCAUGACUCACUCCAGCACCGGUCACCAAACGGUGGCGCAUCAACAUUCCUCUAUGUUGGCCGGCUCGUCGCCCAUUUUGACCGGCUUCGAGACCUCUCCGUUGAAGCACAAGAAACUUUCGAACAUGCUGAUGAACCGAGACACGCCGAUCCUGAGGACGGUGCUGGGUCAGGGUCACGCGGAUAGCUCCCAAGGGAUUCCCCUGUUGCACCCGGACAACCACGAGAAUCAAUUUAGAAACAGCAGCAACGGCUCGUCGAACGAGAACGAUAGACGCGGUAGUAUGGAUGCAGUUCACGGGGAACCUGCGCACAGCCCUUACACCGACAUGAUGGAUGAAGAUGAUAAGCAAUCGUCGCCGCAGUCGUACCCUCCUGAUAUUAAACCAGGGAUGGUUAAUUACGUGCCAGCGCAAAAGCCGGAGUGGAAACGGUACAAGCAAUACACGAGGCACGACAUAAUGUCCGCGAUCGAGGCGGUACGCUCGGGAAUGAGUGCCCUCCAGGCGGCACGUAAGUACGGAGUACCCUCACGAACUCUUUACGACAAGGUAAGGAAGUUAGGGAUCACGACGUCGCGACCGUUUAAACGGGGAUCGAACGGCAGCGGCGCCUGUUUCCCUUACGGGAUUGGUGGUAACGCGAACGGCAACAUCUACAGCGGCGCUCUCUCGGAAAACGAGAACGAGAGCGGCAGCGUAAUCGAAGGUCCUAGGUCCACGCUCGACGCGUGCAAGUCAAGAGAUCCUCCUGUAGAUCGGGAAAUCGUAGAUGUUAGUCGCUGCACAUCCAGCCCUACGGUGCACUCCGUGAAACAGCCGAGCAAUGAGGAUCAAGUUGAGGAUCUUUCUGUCAGUCGUAAGUCGGAUGUUCGCGUGAUAGUGCCGCCAACGUCGGUGAUCAAAAACGAGGAGGAUAUUGGCUCUGAUUCUUGCAGUCACAAUUAACCCUCAGCCAGCUGUAACAUCUCUCGUGAUGGUCAAGAGUAUCGUCACCACCGGCAGAAGCUAAACGAAAGCUACUGUAGAAAUUCGCAUCAACGCAUUGAGAAGUUUGUAAAGUUUUUGUUAAAUAAUUUAAGAGAGAGAUUGUACGUGUCUCUGGUGAAACGUAAGAUGCGUUCUAUCAUUUGCAACGUGACACGAGUUUCUCGAAUUAUCCUCGAUGGAUACGGCGACGAUUCUUCGCUUCACGUAGUUCUACAGGCAGGCUUGUAACACUUCAGAAGACAAGACGAUAAUGCGUACGGAUGAGAAACGUAACCAAACGGAAGCCAAUUAAGUUAACGUUUAACAAAUGACUCAGGGAUCAAUAAUGGAGUAUAGUAUCGCCGCCAAUAGUAAGUCAGAACAUACGUACAUAAUGUGUUCGUAAAAAAUCCAGUAUAUGAGAUUCUUCUCAGAAUACUUUGUACAAGACUGAUUCCAAGAAUUCGAUACGGGAAUUCAAGAGACUGAAGUAUAAUCAACGAUUGCGUUCCAAAGUUGUUAAAGCCUAAUGCCUAAUAUAUUUGUGAAAUGUAGUGCCUUCUCUAUUAUUUUAUUAUUUUCAAAAGAAAAGCGUAUCGACUGUAAUUCAUUAAAAGUUGUUGGCAAAAAGGAAAAAAAAGAAAAAAAUUGCAAUGUCUUUGCUCGAAUAUUUAAAGAGAUUAAUCAUAUGCAUCAUAUGUGUGUAUAUAUAUAUAUAUAUAUAUAUGUGUAUAUGGGGUGUUCCCGGGUUAAAUCGUCAAACUUUAGAUGUGAAUUUAGGAUCCUAAAACAAACAAAUUGCUCGCUAAUGCUUCCUUUAAGAGAUAUUUGCUUCUAAAGUUAUUAAGAGUUAGGAAUGGAACAUUGAAAUAUCUGUGUUUCCGAGAUUAAUGCUUAUCUCCAAAGUGAAGGUUCAUUCAAGCUAAUCAUUUUGAGCAACAUAUGUAAUAGUUACAAUUAUUUUUAGUAACAAAUACAACAAUUUUCUUUAGUAACAUACGUAAUAAAUUAUGAACUGAAUUAUUCCGAUGGCAUACGUUACAAAGUCCUACAACUUUAGUAGUAAAUACCUCUGAAGAAGGCAUUUACGAGUAUGCUUGCAAGAGGAAAAAUUUGUUCGCUUUACGAUCCCAAAUUGAUAUCAAAGUUUGGCGAUUUAAUCCGGGAACACCCUGUAUUUAUUUUGGUUUUGUUAGCUUAUUAUUCAUUUGUGAACUGUCGAAGAAAUUAAUUUCAUAUGAUUGAUACAACGAUGUACAAAGGAUCUUCGAGAUUCUACGAACUCGAAUUUCGAAUCGCAUUAAGCUUUAAACACUUUCGAACAAGUAAGUAUGCAUGUUUCUUUUUUUUUUUUUUAAUUCAUCGUAAUCAUUGUGAUUUGACAUUCUUGUUUUUUUUCUUUUCUCAUUUUGCAAUCGUCUACAUAGUAGUGGAAUUUAAGAAUUGAUUUUUAUAUGUUAUAAUGCGCGCGAAGGGAAAAGAAAGAGAGCAUGUCUAUUAUUUUAAUGAUCUUAUUUUCGAUUCUUUUUUCUUUUAAGAAAGAGUAUCUGUCUUUGGCAUUAAAUGCUAUCAAUAAGACAUGAUUAUAUAUGUAUACAAUAUAUAGUAUAUAUAUGUGUGUAUAAUCUGGAAAAAAAAACAAAAAAGGGUAAAAAGAAUUAGAGAGUUAUACACUUUGAAUAAUUUCGUGUUAUUGACUGAUGAUAUCGCUGUUAAUUUGUUGCUAAUUGUAAGGUAUACAUUAUCGUUACUGAUCAUGGCCCUGGGAUACAGCUGCAAUAUUGCUCAAUAUUAUGCGUAAUGACAUAUGAUCGAACUACCUCUAAAUAUUAAUCCAUAAUUACAUGGAACGAACUACCUCUAAAUGUUAUAAUACAUUAUUACAUGAAACAAACUACCUCUUUGUACAACGAACGAUAUUGUUCAUUAUUAACGUUAAGACUGAUAGAGCCGAAUGUACGUUAUAUAUUGUCUACUAUAUUAUAUUAUAUUAUUAUAUUAUAUAUAUAU